ACAUGCAGGCUCCCGCGCUGAUCGACGCGGUCGACGCGGAGGCGGACCUGAACGACGACGACGACGACUGGGAGGACGACGAGGAAGCGGACGAGGACGAAGCGCGCGACGACGUCCGGCCCUUUCACUAUCAGGUCUGCCUCGUCAUCGGGACCCUGGCCAUCGGCGUCUCCUGCAUCGUCGCCAUAUGCGCGGUGGAGACCUCCAUGGAGCCGUGGAACGAGCCGGCGCCCGGAGGCAGCGACGAGGAGCUGCUGCCCGCCCUGCUGGCGUACCACGCGAAAGCGCGGGCCCACGUGGUGCUCGUCCCCGCGCUGUUGGUCACCAUCGUGGGCUUCCUGGGGUCGCUGCGCCGGAACCCGCGCCUGCUCGCCAUCUACGUGGUGGCCGUGGCGCCGUUCGUGCUGCUGCCCUUCGUCAUCCCUGCGCUCUGCAUCGGCCCGGAGCCCACGACCAAGCAUCUGUGCCCGAAGUACGUCUCUUCCUUUCUGGACGUGGUGCUGGGCGGCGAUACGACGCCGCUGUGGAUGUGGUCCUCCUGGUCCGGCCCGGUCCUCGUGAUCAGCAUCAUCAGCGCCGCGAGGCUGUACGAGGCCACCAAUAUGGCGGCCCAGCUGCAGGACCAGUUGGUGGCCGCGGCUGGACCCUGGAACAGGCGCCGGAUGGACCGUGCCAGAGGUUGACGCCGCGGCGCCGACACUGGACAGAGUAGUGCUCGGCCGAGGGGGCCAUCGACCGGAAAAACCCCCUCCCCCCACAGCAGUAUGCUGGAGGGGAAGCUUACGCGUUUCUCAGUCACGCGCAAUCUGAUUCUUUUUUUUUACUUUUCUUUCACCCCUCGUUUCUACCUCAAUUAAAAAAGCAACAUGUC